UCGACGGGCGCGGACGUACGCCGCGUACUCGCAGCCACGAGCGAGUCACUCCGCGGCCGCUCGCCUCCACGCACGCAACGCACACACUACAUUACUCUCAUCCGAUCCUAGCGCAACGAAACUGAAAACGCAAUCACAAAAAAAUCUAAACAGACAAACCCGUGAAAACGAAAGUGAACGUGCGUGCGAUCGCGUAAACAACGAGCGCAAAAAGUGCCGCCGUCAGUGAAACUAGUAAAAAAGUUUGGAGAGCGCGCGCCGGGGAGCCUCCCCGCGGCCGGAAAAAAUCAACCCCUCGCGCCGCGCCGCCCCCGCUGCCGAACUUUUCAUUCACGGGGAAAAAAGUGUGGCAAGGCCGUCCGUGACGUCACCGCGUCAAGUGCCACGCGCGCGUUCCCUAGCAACGAGCCGUCGCAUCUCGUCAGCCCUUGAAGACGCUCGCGUGUGUGUGAUGGAGGGUCUGUCGCGAGGGUGCGGGGUACGGGGUGGCAGUGCGAUGUAGCGGCGCCAUGUGCAGCACGCAGCGGCGCGCGAGGAUGCACGUGCCGGCGGGCGGCGCCGUGUCGCCGGACACCAGCUCCUCGCUGCUGCACGACACCUACACCAAGAUGACGUCGGACAUCCUGGCGGAGCGCACGCUGGGCGACUUCAUCUCGGAGCACCCGGGCGAGCUGGUGCGCACGGGCAGCCCGCACUUCGUGUGCACGGUGCUGCCGCCGCACUGGCGCUCGAACAAGACGCUGCCUGUGGCGUUCAAGGUGGUGGCGCUAGGAGACAUCGGCGACGGCACGCUGGUGACGGUGCGCGCCGGCAACGACGAGAACUGCUGCGCGGAGCUGCGGAACAGCUCGGCGGUGAUGAAGAACCAGGUGGCCAAGUUCAACGACCUGCGCUUCGUCGGCAGGAGCGGCCGCGGCAAGUCCUUCACUUUGACGAUAACGGUGUCGACGUCACCGCCGCAAGUGACGACCUACAACAAGGCCAUCAAGGUCACCGUCGACGGACCCCGGGAACCUCGAUCAAAAACCAUGUUGUCGCUCCUAGGGCAGCAGCAGCAGUUCCACUUCGCGUUCGGGCAGCGGCCGUUCCCGUUCCCGCCCGACCCGCUCGGCGGGUUCCGCAUGCCGCCCAUCACGUCUUGCCAGAACAUGAGUCAGUUCGGCCUGUCCUCCAGCAACUCGCACUGGGGCUACGGCAGCGCGGGCGCGUACCCGGCCUACCUGCCGUCGUGCGCCGCGCCCGCCGCGCAGUUCAACCCGCCCGCCCUCGGCUUCAGCGGGGCGGAGCAGCCCGCGCAGCAGGACUUUACUAAUAAUACUGUGCUCCCGGACACGACGGGCGUGGACCUGGACCAGCAGCUGUCGGGGCUGGUGGGCACCUCCCCCCCGCACCACGGCUCUCUGCUGCCGCGCUACAACAACAACGACUACCUGCCGCCCGGCCCGCGCUCCCUGAGCGACAACUCGUCCCAGCCCGAGUCCCCCGUGCAAGACGACCUGCUAACCUCCAACACCAACACCAACCUUGGCGCCAAUAAUACCAACUUCUCCCUCAUGGGGUCACAAACCUCGUACUCAAACAGCAACUGCAACAAUUCCCUCUAUCCGGUGUUGCCAGCCAGUCUGCUGUACAGUCAGCUGUACUCCGCCGCCAAUCAGAGCCAUAACUUCCAUCCGCUGCACUCCAACUCGAUACACUCCACGCAGAAUCAUCACAAUGAGCUGCAGACGAUGAUGGACCAGAUAUCCUCGACCACGAAUAACCACAGGCAGCACGUGAGCCACGGGCAGGAUCUGCUGCUGGGCGGGGGCAACUCCUGCGCAGCCGCCGCUGCGAGGGGCGAUGAUGGUAGAGUCACCAAUAUAGGACAAAGAGGCAACCCUCAACCGGACAGCAAUACUGUGUGGAGGCCGUAUUAGAUAAUGUACUUUUUUGUGAGUGUAUAGAAGUCUCUUGCUUGGGGUGUCAAAGACAAUGGGACUAAUGGACUAUGGAUGUGUAGAAAGUGUAGUGAAUUAACAGAUAGUGGUGUGCAAAUUGGGACGUCCUAAGACAAACUGCAUCACUAAUAUAUUAGCUUAUACGAUUGCAACGAAAUACGAGUACUUAAAGUGUAAGUCUUAUAAUUAUCACGUGUUUUGAACUUUAUUUUGAUGUUAUCUAGCCGUAAGACGUAUUAUUUCGUAAAUGAAAUCCUUGGUUUUAGGCUAAGUACCUAAUUCGUGAAGUGUCCAUAGAGAAUAGCAAUGAAAUGAAUGGAAAUGCUAAUAAUUUAAUUUAAUUUCCGUUUUAACAUUUAUGUAAUUAAUUGUUAUGUAUAAGCAUUAAGCGUUGUAAAUAAAAUGUGAAUAAUUUGUUGUAAAUGCAUCUUGUAAAGUGCAAUAGAUGUGCAAUUAUAAAAGUUGAGUAGAUGUUUACUGAAAAAUAGUUACAAAAAAUAUUUUUGGUCACAUUUCAGUGCUUAUUAUAUAACUUGACAACCUAUUGUAUUUCCUAAAAAACCCAUACAUUGAAGAAAGUUUAUCAAUAGAAUAUUACAUAACCGACCAAUGUAAUUUCAGGAACACCCUAUAUAAACAAUGGAUUUCAAAAUAUAUAGGUAUUAACGUUACUAAUUAUUUCUACCCCAUACACUUUCAAGAUAAUAAAGAUAAAUUUUGUGUAUGAUGCGCAUUAUGUUUAACCCAAAGAUUUCAUAAUUUAUAAAAAGUGUAGUCUCGUGCAAUACAAUUUUAUUGAAAGCUGAAAUUCAGUUUGUAUUAACUUGCAAAGCAAUUGGUUUAUAUUAUUUGUAUUUGUUAUUAUGUUAACUUACGUAGCAGAUUAUCAUUUAAUCAGUAAAUAAAAUAAAACUUUAAAUAUA